GCGGAGGGUAUGGCUCCGGCGGGGGCGAAGGAUAUGGAGGGGCGGGGGGCCAUGGCGGAGGCGGCGGCGGAGGAAACGGCGGAGGUGGCGGGUACGGCAGUGGAGGUGAGCACGGAGGGGGGUACGGUAGCGGCGGUGGAGAGGGAGGCGGUGCAGGGUACGGCGGCGGAGGGGAGCACGGCGGAGGGUACGGUGGUGGAGGAGGAAGCGGCGGAGGUGGCGGCGGUGCUUACGGGGGUGCAGGAGGGUAUGGUGGUGGUAGCGGCGGCGGCGGCGGCGGUGGCGGCGCCGGUGGUGUUGGUGGGUAUUAUGCUGGGUUGCAUAAUGGGUACAUUCCAUGAAGUUGGGAGUACGAAAACAGCCCCAAGCUACCGCCGUAUCUUGAGCAACUACUAGUGCCAAUAAAGAAGUGUGCUUAUUAUUAUAAUUCGUACCUAUGAUUAUGAUAUAUAAUAUGUGUAAUUAAGGGAGGGGUUUGAUGAUUUCUUAUGUUGGGUUGGAAUGCUAUUUGUCGUUGGAACUACCGUUAUAAUUCGUUGUAACAUGUGAAAUCAACGAAUGAAGUGAUUAAAACUAUAUGUUCGCUAUCUAA